GGCAUUGCUGAUUUGCCAAUUCGUCAACGCUCAUUCUGGUUAUGUCCAAAUACGACUUGUGAGCGCUAUUCGGCUAACUUGUGGAUUCUGAGUGCUGGAAUGUCCAACUACACCAAAAUACCACAGAGGAUCCAUCUACCAUCAAAUAUCCAAAGACACAACUAACACUUUACAUAUGAAUCAUUCAAACACAGAAUUGAAGCCGCAGUCACAUUUACAUGGAGUAAUGGAGUCAGUAAGUACAAUGCUUCAUGACAAAACCUUUGAAAACAUUGACAGUAGAGGAGGCUUUGGACCCGAAACCCCACUUGGUAUCAUUGGGAUUUCCAAAUUCCUAAUCUCAGUCCACCACUUUGCCAUUCCGCAUUGUGAAUUCCUUCUCUAUGGAUUGGGGGUUAGGUGCGGACUUUCAACCCGCAAUCUUGACUGUAAGGUAUUCCGUAGUGGCCGAGGUGUCUGGAAAUUGGACAAGCUUAGGGUUAUCCCGAUUAUUGUCAUGUCAACCCACUCGAUGUAUCUUGUAUCCCAAGUCAAAAAUCGGUUGCCUCUUCGUUCAAAUGGAGACUGGCGGUGCUAUAUGUCGCGCAGGGUUGGUGUUUACUGCUUUGUCCUAAUGUGCACUGGGGACAUGCGAGUAGUAAUGACGAGUUGAGUUGCCUCCUGUGCCCGGUUUGAUCAUCGACAGGCGAAAA